AUGAGCGCCGAAGGUGAAAAGGCCAGACAAUCUGGCGAAAUCUCGCGCCCUGAGCCCACCUUGCCCACCGUCAACCCCGCGGUUGACAAGCCGGAGCCUCCCAGCCCGACCUUCCACCCGGCCGUCUACGUUACCGUCUGGAUUACUCUGAGUUCCAGUGUUAUCCUGUUCAACAAGCACAUCCUCGAUUAUGCUCAGUUCCGUUUCCCCAUCAUUCUCACAACAUGGCACUUGGCGUUCGCGACUUUCAUGACCCAGCUUCUGGCUCGUACUACCACUCUGCUCGAUGGCCGUAAGACGGUCAAGAUGACUGGUCGUGUCUACCUGCGCGCUAUUGUCCCCAUCGGUCUCUUCUUCAGUCUGAGUUUGAUUUGCGGCAACGUCACUUAUCUGUACCUGAGUGUUGCUUUCAUUCAGAUGCUCAAGGCCACUACUCCCGUCGCUGUCUUGUUCGCUACCUGGGGUAUGGGUAUGGCUCCGGUCAACCUGAAGGUCCUGAUGAACGUCGCCCUCAUUGUUCUUGGUGUUGUCAUCGCCUCGUUCGGUGAGAUCAAGUUCGUCUUCAUUGGUUUCAUGUUCCAGAUUGGUGGUAUCAUCUUCGAGGCCACCCGUCUUGUCAUGGUCCAGCGUCUCCUCAGUUCUGCCGAGUACAAGAUGGACCCUCUGGUCUCUCUGUACUAUUUUGCCCCCGUUUGCGCUGUCAUGAACGGUAUCACCGCUCUCUUCCUUGAGGUUCCCAACCUCACCAUGGGUCACAUCUACAACGUUGGUGUCUGGACUCUCUUGGCCAACGCCGUUGUUGCUUUCUUGCUCAACGUUUCCGUCGUAUUCUUGAUCGGCAAGACUUCUUCGCUCGUCAUGACCCUCUGCGGUGUCCUCAAGGAUAUCCUCCUGGUCGCUGCUUCGAUGAUGAUCUGGCAGACCCCCGUCACUGGCACCCAGUUCUUCGGUUACUCGAUUGCCCUCAUCGGUCUCGUCUACUACAAGCUCGGUGGUGACAAGAUCCGCGAAUACACUGGCCAGGCUGGUCGCGCCUGGGCUGAGUACGGUGCCACCCACCCCGCUCAGCGCAAGUUCGUCAUCAUUGGUGCUGUUGCCCUCAUCUUUUUCCUGUUCAUGGGCACCAUGGGCCCCAGCUACGCUCCCGAGUCGGUUGACCGGGUUAAGGGCAUGCUUGGCGGUGCCAGCGCCGGAAACGCAUAA